AUGCGAAUCUCGCAUUCCUUCAACCUCCGCAGCGUGGCCUUCCUACUCGUCGCCCUAGCCACUGCGCUCCCCGAUGGCGAUCCAGACGAGAAUAUCGUAGAGGACUUGCCACAGAGCUACUUUGCCCUGGGCGAGCACUCCGGCUCCAUCCUGGCGCACAUCUUCCUCGAGGUUGUCUCCUGGUGCUUCAUUCUUCCUGUUGCUGUCAUGCUGAGUGUCGCCCAUUCACGGUACACCAUUCCCCUGCAAUUUGUGUUUCUGAUUGUCAAUGUCAUUGGUCUGCUCUUCGGCAUCAUCUACAACACUUCCACUCCAGACCUGUACGAGAACAACGCACACCACAAGAUCGGAUGGAUCGCGACCUGGGUGGUGUGCGCCCAAGUCGUCAUAGGUCUCAUUUAUGCCUAUUCCGGCCGCGGCGGAUCCAAGUCCACCUUCAUGCCUGUAUCGACCCAGAACAUGAUGAGCCACCAGCAGCUGUACUCCCCUGUUGGCGAAUACCGUUGGUCCGGCGACAGUGGCCGGGGCACCAGCUGCCCCACGACUCCCGACGAAGGGCACUUUACCAAACCAGAAGAUGACGAGGAGGAAGAAAAUGCCGAGGCGCCUACUCCUCUCGCGCGCAGCUGGUUGCGCAGCGCCGCCUUGGAUAAUUUCUUCACUAGUCGCGUUCCCAGUGUAGUAUCAAACCGCGCUCUCCAGGUACUACAUGUUGUUUACAACGUGAUUGAUCGCGUCAUCCUGCCAUUUGGCUUUGUUGCUGUAGCCACAGGCGGUGUCACUUAUGGUGGUAUCUUUAAAGGAGAAGGCAUUUUCAGCGGACUGGCGCAUUUUAUUAAGGGCGGCAUUUUCUUUUGGUAUGGUCUCGUUGUCCUGGGCCGGUUUAUGGGCUGCUGGGCGAACUUUGGAUGGUCCUGGAACGUGAAGCCCGCGGGCUCGCGCGCUGUCACAGGAGAGUUUGUUGAGUCUGCUCUCAUAUUCACAUAUGGCUCAACCAAUGUCUUCCUAGAGCACCUCGCAGGAUGGGGCAAGGCAUGGACUGCUCAGGAUCUGGAGCAUGUGUCGAUCUCAGUUAUGUUCUUCGGCGCUGGACUGUGUGGCCUGCUCCUCGAGUCGAACCGGGUGCGAAAUUGGCUGAAACAGAGCAUCAUGGGCAAGACAGCGGCUCCAUCGCAGCAAGAGGAAGAAUCCAGUGCGGUCUCGUUCAACCCCAUGCCGCUUCUGAUUAUUUUCCUACUAGGCAUAAUGAUGGGCAGCCACCAGCAGCAGCAAAUGGUGUCGACCAUGGUGCACAAGCAAUGGGGCAACCUGCUAUCUGGCGCAGCAAUGGCUCGCGCUGUGACCUACAUAAUCACCUAUGUCAAGCCGCCAACGUCCCAUCUGCCGGCGCGUCCGCCGUCGGAGCUCGUCGGGGCCUUCUGUCUGAUAUCUGGCGGGCUCAUCUUUAUGCUGAGUGCCUCCGAUAUCAUGGACGUCAUGGUCUGGUACGAUCUCGACGCCAUGUUCACUUUCAACGUGGCCGUUGGCCUCUCCUGCUUCAUCAUGGCGUACGAAAUCAUGGUCAUCGCCAUCAAAGCCUGGGCUGUCAAGGAGAAAGUUCAGUACCACGCGCGCUCGUGGUCUUCAGCGUGA